CUCCUGUCUGGCCCCUCCCCGUACGCGGGAAAAGUUUCAAUCCACCAAACCCUCACAAUCCCGGCCAGCCUUCGACUCCUCCUUUUACAUCCCUGACUCCCCGCGGUCUCCUGAAUCACACGAGUCGAAGUGAAGAAACUCAAGCCGCCGCCAUGUCCGAGGCUUAUUUCCGGGUGGAGUCGGGUGCGCUGGGACUUCAGGAGAACUUUCUUUCCUUGGACGACAUCCUGAUGUCCCACGAGAAACUCCCGGUGCGCACAGAGACCUCCAUGCCACGCCUCGGCGCUUUUUUCCUGGAACGGAGUGGAGGGGCCGACACCGACAACGCGAUCCCUCAGGGUUCAAAGCUGGAACUCCCCUUGUGGCUGGCAAAAGGGCUUUAUGACAACAAGCGGCGGAUCCUUUCUGUGGAACUUCCCAAGAUCUACCAAGAAGGUUGGAGGACUGUGUUCAGUGCAGAUGCCAACGUGGUGGACCUCCACAAAAUGGGGCCCCAUUUCUACGGGUUUGGCUCCCAACUCCUGCAUUUUGACAAUCCAGAGAAUGUAGACAUUUCCCAGUCUCUCCUACAGACAUUUAUUGGCCGUUUUCGCCGCAUCAUGGACUGCUCCCAGAAUGCUUACAAUGAAGACACUUCGGCACUGGUCGCCAGGCUGGACGAGAUGGAGAGGGGCUUAUUUCAAACAGGGCAGAAAGGACUGAAUGACUUUCAGUGUUGGGAGAAAGGGCAGGCUUCUCAGAUCACAGCUUCAAACCUCGUUCAGAACUACAAGAAGAGAAAGUUCACGGACAUGGAAGACUGAAGGCCAGAAGAACACUGAAUCGCGCAUUGUAGAUUUAUCUCUGAGUGUCCUUGAUAAGAACCUGGUUGACCCUGUAAAGGGCCAGCAUCCAGUUCCAUCUCAUGGCUUAUUUCCUGCAGCCGUCUCGGGAGUGGAGGUAUCUGGUUGGGAAAGUUGGUGCUGGAGGAUGUCCCUUGCCCUGUAAGUCUUCCAGGACUAUCCCAGCCUGCUGAUCCACAGCCCAGGCCAACUUAACCCACGAAGUCACAACCGAGGAGAACUCAAAGUCCUUUAUAAAGGAGGAUCAUCAAUACAUCCGUUGCCAUAGGGUUGGAACUGGAAUUCCAUGUGCCUGGCUUUGACACGCUUGAUGCCCAUUUUCACUGGCUCCAAAGGACAGCCACAAUUUGGGCCAUCUUAGUCUGUUUCCAGAAUGGUCUUUGAGCUUCACUGCCUCAUCUUCCUCAUGGUAGCCCAAAGGACAGCACCCCCAGGAUGCUGGUCUUGUAAAUACAUCUCCUGCCACCUGCCUGGGGGGGACGUUACUCCAAUUUCCAAAAACAGUCGCCAAGUAUCAGGAAGGAAAAGGGAAAAACAGAUGAAUGACAUGGCUUUUAUUACAGAGAAGAUGUUGGUUUCCUCCUCUGUCAUCAGGAAGUCACAUGACUCUACAAUCAACCCAGAGGGGAAAUGGUGAAGCUGAGCUUGUUUUUGUCUUGGAGAUCUUGAGAGCACCUGCGCAGUUACUCCAUUCCUGCCCUAGAAAAGCUGCCAGGGAGUCGACUGGAAUUGCACAGUAGUUAUUAUUAAUGGGCGCUAACCAGCCCUUAUUACACGGAAAUCAGGACUGCAGGGCUGCUGGUUAUAUAGAGCCCUGUGUGAGAAGCUUCACACUUGGCCAAAUGGAAGUGGGCAAGAGGCCUUGGUUAUGUUUUUCAAUCUUCAGUCCAUUUUGCAACAUGGUUACCUAGAGGAUUCCUGACCAUUUACCGAGAAUCUGUUGAAGCAAGCGCAAAACGUUUUCUGUGAAGAAGCAAGGACACUCCGGCUGAGUGGAAAACAGCAUUCCUGGGGCCCACUCGACUGUUUGAAGGGCAGCCUUCUCCACACCACUGCUCCCCUUCCAACUUCCCACAACUAGUGAAAAUUGCCUUUCUUUUGGGAAAUUAUUGAGGGAUUUGGGUAUCCAGACUGUGCAGAUGUCUUUGCAAACUUAGAAUGUCAGAAGUGCUUUUUAAAUGUCAGAUUUUAAAAUGGAAUUGAUGUUUUUAUAAUCUGAUUUUUGUGCUAAAUAAAUGAUCUGUUUUGCACAUGAAUGCACUCUGUACAAAUACUGUUUCUGUAACUUGAGUACUACAGGUGGUCCCGCAGAGCUAUCAGGGAAUUUUAUCUUUGAUCGUAUUUGAUAAUAAUGCCCCAA